CCCCGGGGCGAGCAGGCGGAGGAGGUGCUGGUGAACCGCAUCUUGCCCCACCCCCAGUUUGACCCGCGGACCUUCCACAACGACCUGGCUCUGGUGCAGCUGUGGACGCCAGCCAGCCCUGCCGGGCCCGCGCGGCCCGUGUGCCUGCCCCCGACGCCCCGGGAGCCCCCCGCCGGCACCGCCUGCGCCAUUGCGGGCUGGGGGGCCCUCUUCGAAGAUGGGCCUGAGGCUGGCGCGGUGAGAGAGGCCCGCGUGCCCCUACUCAGCACGGAUGCUUGCCGACGUGCCCUGGGGCCCGCGCUGCGCCCCAACAGCAUGCUUUGUGCCGGCUACCUGGCCGGGGGCAUCGACUCAUGCCAGGGUGACUCUGGAGGCCCCCUCACCUGCACUGAGCCUGGCCCCCACCCCAGGGAGGUGCUGUAUGGUCUCACCUCCUGGGGGGACGGCUGCGGGGAGCCGGGCAAACCCGGGGUCUACACUCGCGUGGCCAUAUUCCGAGACUGGAUCCUGGAGCAGAUGAGCGCGUCCCCCUCCAGCCGCGAGCCUAGCUGCAGGGAGCUCCUGGACUGGGACCCGUCGGACAAGACGCUGACCGCGUCGGCCCGGACGUGCACCUUCUACCAGCGCCGGUGCACGGGCUCCAAGGCGGCCUGUGCGCGCUGGGCGCACCAGCAGUGUCUACAGCGCAGGCGACGAUGCGAACUGCGCUCACUGGGACACAUCCUGAUGGGCUUGCUUCGGGGCGCGCAGGAGCUGCUCGGCCCCGCACGCACCCCGCCGUCGCUCCGAGAGCCACUAGGGCAGCCUGCCCAGGAGCAAAGGCCGCAGCCAGGUACCCGGAGGCCUCGCAAGCCAGUUCUUGCUGACCUGGGCUCCAAGUCGCUGAGUGGGCAAUUCCGUGCCUGGGUGCAGGCAGGCCUGGGGGGCCGGCGCCUGAUCUUCAGUGCCCUGGUGGGCCUGGAGCCUGCCACGAUGGCUCAGAGCCUGCCCCGGUUGCUAGCCCAGACCCUGCAGGCCUUCCGCUUGGCUGCUGGGCCCGAGGGAGAACCUCUGGAGGGACCCUGGAGGAGGAGGCUGGGCCGGACGUUGUCUAGCUUUUAG